GCAGAGCUGCAGCACACUCACGGAGAACAAGGGGGGACAUAACAAGCCAUCUGACCAAGAGUGGGGGAAAUUAUACAAUCACUGGAGAAGAAGCACGAAUCGACCCUCUUUUUUUGUUUCCUCGUCCAGGCAGCCCUCGCUCGCUCGCUCGCCACGAUGAGAACUGACUUCGCUCUGGUCCUGACAGCAGCCCUUCUUCUUGACACGUUUUGGGGGACUAAUGGAGAGCAGGCUUCCACAGUUCCCUGCCGACCUGGCUUCUCACAAAGUUUCUACUCCGUGCUCAUUUCAAGGGAUGUAAUGCAAGGCCAGAACAUACUUAAAGAUACCAGAGUGUCAUCACAAAAAGUGAAGUUUGAUGACUGCAUGGGAAAUGAAGAGGUGCUCUUCCAGACCAGUGACCCCAACUUCAGCGUGCAGGCAGACGGGUCCAUCUUCGCCCGGGGACAGGGAGCCAGUGUGGAUGAACCGGUACAGUUCAAAGUGACCGCAAGUGGUCCAAGCACACAUGUCUGGGAGACUGUGGUCCAACUGGCACUGAUUGACCCACCUUCACCCCUAGAGAGAGGAAAUGAGGUCACAAAAGAGGAGGGGAAAGUUAAUGAGAGGAAGGAGAAGUUGGAGGCGUUCCAGGCCACACCUUCUGUCAUCAUGUUCUCAAGGCACGACCGGACCAAUUCCAAGGGGCUGCGGAGACAGAAGCGGGACUGGGUGAUCCCACCAAUCAACGUGCCGGAAAACUCUCGAGGACCCUUCCCGCAGAUGCUCGUCAGCAUUCGUUCAGAUCAGGAUCGGGACAUCUCGAUUCGCUACAGUAUCACUGGGGUGGGAGCAGACCAGCCACCCAACGAAGUGUUCAGUAUCGACCCCGUGGCUGGAAAGAUGUUUGUUACCAAACCUCUGGACCGAGAGCAACGCUCUUCCUACCAUCUGCGAGCCCACGCUGUGGACAUGAAUGGGAACCAGGUUGAGAACCCCAUCGACCUGUACAUCUACGUCAUCGACAUGAACGACAACAGGCCUGAAUUCAAAAACCAGGUCUACAAUGGCUCUGUGGAUGAAGGCUCCAAGCCAGGCACGUACGUGAUGCACGUCUCAGCGUUUGAUGCCGAUGACAACACCACAGCUAACGGCAUGGUGCGCUACCGAAUCCUGUCCCAGACCCCGCACAGCCCCAUCCCCAACAUGUUCACCAUCAACAGUGAGACUGGAGACAUUGUGACUGUGGCAGCGGGCCUUGACCGCGAGAAAGUCUCCCAGUACACUAUCAUCGUGCAGGCAACGGACAUGGAGGGUAACCUGAACUUUGGCCUGUCCAACACAGCCACUGCCAUCAUCACCAUCACAGACAUCAACGACAACCCUCCCAUGCUCACCUCCAGAACUUUUUCUGGUGAGGUCCCAGAGAAUCGAGUGGACGUGGUGGUGGCAAACCUGACGGUGAUAGAUGCUGACCAGCCUCACUCGCCCAACUGGAACGCCAUCUACAGGAUCAUCAGCGGAGACCCUUCAGGACACUUCACCAUCCGCACUGACCCCGUCUCCAACGAUGGCAUGGUCACCGUGGUGAAGCCGGUCGACUUUGAGAUGAACCGUGCCUUCAUGCUGACGGUAGUGGUGUCCAACCAGGCCCACCUGGCCAGUGGCAUCCAGUCCUCACUGCAGUCCACAGCUGGGGUCACCAUAUCUGUGCAGGACGUCAACGAGCCUCCUUACUUUCCCACAAACCCUAAACACAUCCGCUUUGAGGAGGGCGUCCCCGCUGGCACCAGCCUGACCACCUUCUCAGCCUCAGACCCCGACCGACUGCAGAUGCAGCAGAGCAUCAGGUAUUCAAAGCUGAACGACCCCGCUGACUGGCUGUCCAUCAACAGAACCAACGGUCAGAUAGUGACCACGGCAACUCUUGACCGAGAGUCCAUCUAUGUCAAAAACAAUAUCUAUGAAGCCACAUUCCUGGCAACGGACAAUGGCUCUCCUGCAGCCAGUGGCACAGGCACUCUGCAGAUCUAUCUGAUAGAUAUUAAUGACAAUCCCCCGGCGCUGGUACCCAGGGAGGCUCAGAUCUGUGAACGGAUGAACAGGAACACCAAAGGUGUCAACAUCACGGCUGCUGAUGCUGAUACAGAUCCCAAUGCUGGACCCUUUGUCUUUGAGCUGCCCACCUUCCCCCCCAGUGUCCGACGCAACUGGACCAUAUCUAGGAUCAAUGGGGACUAUGCCCGACUCGGGUUGCGUUACCAGGUGUAUUUAGAGUCAGGGGUGUAUGAGGUCCCCAUAAUUGUGUCGGACUCGGGGAACCCCCCCUUGUCCAACAAGUCGAUCAUCAAAGUGAAGGUUUGUCCCUGCGAUGAGAACGGAGACUGCACCACUCUGGGGGCCGUGGCGGCGGCGGGACUGGGAACGGGAGCCAUCAUCUCCAUCCUCAUCUGCAUCAUCAUAUUGCUCAGCAUGGUGCUGCUGUUUGUGGUGUGGAUGAAGCGCAGGGAGAAGGAGAGGCAGACCAAGCAGCUGCUCAUUGACCCGGAAGAUGAUGUCAGAGAUAACAUCCUUAAAUACGACGAAGAGGGCGGGGGAGAAGAGGACCAGGACUAUGACCUGAGCCAGCUGCAGCAGCCUGACUCUCUGGAGCACAUCAUCAGCAAGCCCCCUGGUGUUCGCAGGGUGGACGAACGCCCCAUCAUCCCUGAGUCCCAGUAUCCCAUCAGACCCGUUGUCCCCCACCCUGGAGAUAUAGGGGACUUCAUCCAUGAGGGUCUUCGGGCGGCGGACAACGACCCCACGGCCCCUCCUUAUGACUCCCUGCUGGUGUUCGACUACGAGGGCAGCGGCUCCACUGCUGGCUCCGUCAGCUCGCUCAACUCCUCCAGCACGGGGGACCAGGACUACGACUACCUCAACGACUGGGGCCCCCGCUUCAAGAAGCUGGCCGACAUGUACGGAGGAGGGGACGACGAUUAAAUCCACGCAGUCGCACAUGCACACGCACUAACACACACAUACACAUAUAUACACACACACACCCUCGUCCCGUCAGCUGGCCUGCCAUGCUCUGUCCCUCUACCGCACGGGGCUGAAGGGCCCUCACUGAACACACACACAGCGAUGACAACAAACUCACACUGACCAACUGUUGACUGACCAACCAACCAAUCAGAUAACCCGCCGCGAGUCAGUUUUGGGUGCUGUUCUCAACCGUCUCCUGCUCUAAGCCUGUCUGAGACUGCAACGGAAGCUCUGAAUUGCAGGCUUCUCAUUGUUUGUAUUUCCAAAAUCUCGUGCUUUGUUUUGUUUUGUUUUAUUUUGAGUUUUAUGCUAGAUGUAGGCAUUGGUUACUCCUGUCUGAUUUUGUUUUUCUUUAUUUGUUGAGGUUUUUUUUUUUUCUUUCUAUCUUUUUUGUCAGCACUCCCCCUUAAAUUCAAGCCGUUUCAUGUUCCUGAGGGUUUUCACUUCUCCCUCGCUGUCAGCCCCUGCCCGCCCCUCUGCAGAAGCUUUAGGUUCAGCUGCUUACUUUGUCUGAGGGGAAGAAAAGAAACACACACAAAAAAAAAGAACAAGAACACAGAAAUGAAAGUCCUUCCUGCACGCAGGGUCCUGGUUUAUUCUUUCUUGAACUUGAAUUACUUAGAACAGAAGCACUGUUGUUUAAGAAGUGCCUUCAGUGGUGCAUAUUUAGCAGACUCCCGCUAACUCAGGAUUGGUUGCCAUUUUCCGGGCUCGCGUGCCCGCCAUAUGACCCCUGACCCUUUAACUCAAACCUUCCCUUUGUCAUUUCUGUUGUCCUGCAGGGCCAUGGUAGCUGCGGGAGAUGUCAGUGCUGAUUUCAAAGGAGAGUUGACUGGCAUCAUUGGCAUUUGAGGGUGCUUUAUGUAGACAUGCUGUACAUAGGCCAACAGUGUGUCUUUGUAAGUUGUGGACAAAUCAUUUACUUUUCAAGUCAGGCAUAUCUGUGCUCCUAGGUCACAGUCAACUUGAAUGUGAUUAUCGAAGUCACAACAAUUACAUUGUGGGACUGUCUUAGAAAAGAAAAAGCAUUGUGUGUCUUUGUUUAUUGUGGCUUUGAUAGCAGCUGCGUUUGUUUUGAGCUCUCGUUAUUUGCACCUAAAACUUGAUAAGGCUUGUCGCUACAUUUUGAUAAGAUUGAUCACAUGUGUUACCUCUAUAAUGGUAUGUGAAGUGUAUAUGAGGGUUAUUUAAGGCGACGUAAUCCCUAAGGUCAUUUGGGGUUUUGCAUGUUUAUCCCUACACACCCAAAGGUAAUCAACAUGGCACCAGUUAUUGUGUGGUAAAUGUGUCAAGAAAACUAUGUAAACUGUACAAAGGCUAGGAAGGAAAAAGAUAUAUUUUUGAAGCACCAGAGGACUUCAAAUGGCUCUUACAGCAUUACAUACAGAAUUGUCAGCUUGUAUGAGCCCUAUUCUGAGACCCAAUCUAUCUGUUUUUUUUUGUUUGUUUUUUUUAUGUCUUCUUUUUUCUGCUGAUUCACCGUUGUUCUAUGACAAACUUUUAAUAUAUAAACUUUGGUGCCAGUCCCUGUCGCAAAAACUGGGAGAGCUGAGCUUCAGCCAGGGAUUUAGCUCCUUCAAAAUCUGUCUCUCUUCAGGCAGCAUUUCAUUCAUCUGAAUUUUCCCUCUGAAAUUUUUGGCUGCGAGUUCAAGAGGUUUUGAAAAGAAGUUAGAAGGAGGGAAAAGUCUGUUGUAAAGUUCUGCACUUUAUCAAAGCAGAGUUACAUAACUAAAGCUUCGGUGAUCGCGCUCUUUAUUGUAGAAGACAGUUUUGUUGUCUUUUAAUAAAAAAGAAACACUACCCAUGGGCAUUUUUAAUCACAUUUCAGUCCCUCGAACCGUGUAUUGUGAAAUGAAACAAGAGUUUUAGUCUUGGUGUUAAAUUAUUUAGACAUGCAAAAUCUUUCACGCAGGGAUCUUCGGAGAUGCUGGUGAGUGAUAGAAAGGUUUAAUCAUCUCUUAUCUUCACAGUGCCAUUUUGAAAUGCUCUUAAAUGUUGUUGUCUAAACAGCAACUCCUAGGCUUUCUAGUGCUGAAAGAAUGUGAUUUCUGCGAAAAAGCUCUUCAACAGUCAGCGCUGGGAUUGCCACUGUAUCUCCCCACUGUACUUGUGGAUUUGAUAGGUUUUGGUCAGGGUUGUGUGUUUAAUCCACCCUUCAGAUCCUCUAUUAAUUAAGAAGAUGAUGAAUCCCCGGGGGUAAUUCUCCUUGACGAGUGCGCCUCUACAAUGUCCUUAAUAAGAUGUGAUGGGGGAAGAUUCUCCACUCCUGCACCUCUUUCUCCCGCUGCGUUCACCUGAUCGUCACCCAGCAGGACCUACUCACCUACUCGCUCUAGGAGAGUUUGGCCAGACAACAUUUGUUACGCUGCACUGAAGUCAAAGACGAUGGGACAGAGAGUUGGCCACAGACGAAGGGGAUGAAGGUGAUAGAUAAUUAUUAACGUUAACAGGGUAGGGAUCUAAUUUCCUAGAUUCACAGAUAAAUGAGGGCAACUUGUACCUUGUGCCGCGGAAAACUGACAGCAGUGAUUUUCAGGACACCUGUCAGCUCGGAGCAGAAAUAGACAUGGGAAAUGGAGUGGCUUCCACAGGAAGCAGCUUGCUGCUGGAUAAGCUCUUAUCUUUCUUAUUGCUUCUCAACAUAGCUUAAAGAAUAUCUUCACAAAAUAAACACAGCUGUUACGUUCAUGAUUAUUUCUGACAUUUAAGUGUUGUAUAUACAUUUUAUUUUGUUGUUUACACAUUGGGUGGAACAAGUUAUUUUGUUAUAUGUUGUUUUUUUGUUUGUUUGUUUUGCUUUUUUUUCUUACACUCACAGUUGUGUUGUUUCAAAAGAAUACUUGGCAAGGUAUAUUUCACCACAAAAAAAAGCCAUUUGCAUUUAUGAGGAUCUGCAAGAUUCUAUAUGAGCUUACAGCCAUACUUGUUUAUGUGUGUCCCUGUUCCAAGGUUGACUUCAUUGUAGUAAAAAAAAAGUAGCCGUUCCACUUUCAAGCCAACUUGUACAGUCUAUACUACCACGCGCACCCCUCUAGGCCUUACUGUAUAUAUGUGAGUGUUCUAUAUUAUAUGAGCCCUCCGAGCGUUAUUCUAAUUCAGCUGCGGAGCUCCAACAUUGCUGAAGGCCAUCCAGCAUACAUGAAGACAUGGUUCAUGAAAGCCUUGUUUUCCCUUAUGCCUAUCCGAUAUUCAGACCUGAUUCAGGGCUAAACAGAGCAGGAGGCCCCACACACUUUACACAGGGCAAAUGACCUUCAUAGCUAUGUCAUCCACAACACAAUGCCAUUAUUAUACUGAAUGUUAUCAAUGACUAGCUAUGGUACGAGGCAGCAAAUCAUCAACAGAGUCAAUCAAACCUGACCUGCCAUUCAAAUGCAAUCUGUGAGGGAUGUAAGGGAAACUUGUUCCAUAGGGUCCACUUGUCUUAUUAAUCUUUUCUGGCUAAACUGAAGGCUCUGGAAUACAUGUGAAGGAUAAAGGAUAAUGGUGGAAGAACCGCUGCACUGCCGCAGUUCAGCCGUGUUAGCGUCAUGAUCUAAUAAGAAUGGCUACCUUAUCCCAAGGCCUAUUCACUAGAGGUAUGCCUGGCCCUGCAGAGAGCUCCUCCGGCUCUCUGAGUGGUGUUAGGCUACGGACAAUUGGUCUCAUCCUGGACACUGCCUGACCAUGGAGACACACAUGACGGGAGGCUCCAGCAGCAGUCAGACUUUUGUCCUGCCAUGGCCAGGACCUCAAAGACAGGCAGCAGGGUCUCAUACGAGUUCUCCCAAUGCUCAAGUUUCAGUGUACAUAAUGUAAUAUUUGCUUGAAGCUAAACAGACCAAUUUAGGCAAACUGUAACUGUACAAUUGGAGCUUUUUUUGCAUGUGUCUCUUUUUAUAAUGGACAGAUGAGUUCUAUAACAGUAACCAUACAACAUUUUAAAAUGUGUCGCAGCCCGCAUGACCGAGGUUGCAGUCCAGAAGGAGUUCUCGUGUACCAUACUCACAUAGGUUCAAAUGGAAAGAAAGAGGGUGGGGAGAAAAUGAAGAAAAAAAUUAAAAAAUAAUUGCACAGUUAUCAAGUCAAAAGACUUUUUUGUAAACUGUCAACAGCACAAAUAUUUUGUAUUGUUGUUUGUACCAUUUUGUAAGAAAAGUUAAGAAAAAAAUGGGAAAAAAAGGGAAAGAGUCUGUUGUUUCAAGCGUGUGUUUCUAGUGCCACUGCAAUCUUGGUUUCCAAAUACCGUACAGUACAUACGCAGCCUUGCAGAUCAACCUUGUAAUAUAGACGCUGAGCUGGAGACUCCCCGUCAGCACCCUGUGUUAUAAA